GGAGCCGGGCCUCCUCCACCUCCAUCAGACCUAAGAAUGGGGAAGUGUCGUCCAACAACAUGAAGGGGAUGACAACGACGACAAUGGUGACGAUGAUGACAGGUGACGCCCAGACACCUCUUUGGAUCUGCAGUGAACAUCUGACAUGACCUUUGACCUUUCCAAUCCUCUGGUGGACUCAGAGCAGGAUGAGUCCAGCAGGUGAACUCCUGGUCCAGGAGGAGGCGAGGGUCCUCUCCUCAUUUGCGUUCAUCAGAAGAUGAGCUUUUCACCUUUGUGGAUCUUUGCAUCAUCUGGAUUUCUCUGAAAAAACCUGUUUUCUUCAUGGUAACUCUGCAGGCGGUUUGGUCCGAUGUUAACACGGUCUGAGGCUUUUGUUCCUCAUCUGACGCAAAGACCAGGUCAUGGAUCAAAGGGACAGUUCCUAACAGUUCCUACGGUUCUUAGAGACUGAGGCGGACCUUCUGGAUGGAGAGCACACACUGACAAACAAAAACGAACGCUUUUCAGUUUUUUCUGUGACUUUAUCUGUGAUUUUUCUUGGUGCAGUCAUGGGUCUGGACCAGGACCCCUGACCCCUGACUGACCCCUGACCCCUGACCAGAGCCCCAUGUUCACGUGCUUCAUGAACAUCAUUGACUGGAGCCGACAAGGACAAGGCCCAUCCUGAUUGUUACAUCAGAACUCAAAGAAGAAGAAGUCCCCCCCCCCACACACCCUUAGGUUUGGUGGGGGGGAGGGUGAAGGCCGGUGUGUGUUUUAGGGUGGGGGUCUGUAGUUGUGUACUUUCGUAGCUGUUAUUCUUUUCCUGGGUCUGUUGUUGUUCUCAGACCAGCUGUUAUUAGUUUGGAGCUGUUAGCCUGUGUGCUAACUCUCAGACCAGCUGUCCAUGGAUGCCAACCAAGGCCCGGGUCAGGGUGGUCCAGAAAGCCCCAACCGGGCUGUGGAGUACCUCCUGGAACUCAACAACAUCAUUGAGAGCCAGCAGAAGCUUCUGGAGACGCAGCGCCGGCGGAUUGAGGAGCUGGAGGUCCAGCUGGACCGCCUGAGCCAGGAGAACAAAGACCUGCGCCUGGACCGCCAGCCCGUGGCACCUCCUCCACCGGCUCCUCCUCCUCCAGAGCCUCCUCUUCCUCCUCCGCCUCCUCCGCCUCCACCCUCUCAGACCACACUGAUCUCAAACAAGAACUCCCACCCCCACCACCACCUCCACAACAGCCCGCUGCCCCCCCAGCCCCCGUCGUCCAUCCCACUCCACCACCACCAUCAGCCGCUCCAUCACAACUUCAACAGCGCUGGGACCGCCGCCAUCCCGGCGCCCGCUCCGCCCCCUCUAUCCUCCGUCUCCAUCCCGACUCAGAUCCCGACUCCGGCCCCGGCUCCGCCCCCUCCCCCGCCCAUCCCGCCCCGGGACCAGCCGCGGGCCCACGGCCGGCUGAGCCGAGCGCCAUCCACCAGCACCGGCACCAACACCAACUUUGUGGAGAAAGAGAAGGAGCGACUGGAGCGUCUGCACCGAGCCAACGCCGCCAACAACCACCACGCCCACACCCUCCACCACCACAAACCCGUGGAGGGCGACUCUCAGUGUCCGGAGACGCUCACUUUCACCGACUCGACCUUCGGACAUCCUCCGCCCUUUUAUCGCUAUAGCAACAGCCCCCUGCCGAGCCCCUGCGACCCCUACGGCUCCGCCUCCAGCAGCGGGCCGCUUGGCUCCGCCCACUCAUACACACAGGGCAGCUGUCCAGUCUCUCCCUCCAGUCCGGCGAGCCUGACCUGGGCUCAGCGUAGCCGACACCAGCCGGCCAGCCUGGCGCUGCGCAAGCAAGAGGAGGAGGAGAGCAAACGCUGCAAGGCUUUAUCUGACAGCUAUGAGCUCUCUACAGACCUCCAGGACAAGAAGGUGGAGAUGCUGGAGAGGAAGUACGGGGGUCAGUUUGUGUCCAGGCGGGCCGCCAGGACCAUCCAGACGGCGUUUCGUCAGUAUCGUAUGAACAAGAAUUUUGAGAAGCUGCGGAGCUCAGCAUCGGAGAGCAGGAUGACCCGACGCAUCAUCCUGUCCAACAUGAGGCUCCAGUACUCGUUUGAUGAGCGUCAGCCUCAGGGUCAGGGGUCAACGGGACAGCAGGGGUCAGAGGAUGCCGGAGACAUGGACGACUCCUUCACUAAACAGGUGAAGUCGUUGGCCGACUCUAUGGACGACUCCCUCACCUGUCAGUCCGGUCGGGAAGACUCCCAGGAGGCGGGAGGAGAAGGAGAGGAGGACGAGGAGGAGGACGAGGACGAAGGAGAAGAAGAGGAGGAAGAGGAGGAGGAGGAGGAAGGAGAAGAGGAUGAGGAGGAAGACGAUGAAGAUUACAGAACUUGCGGCUGGCAACGCGGCGACGCAUUGUCGCGGCGCCGUGUGGUCCGGACUGGGGGAGGAGUUGGAAGGGGAGGAGCGAUGCACGAGGACAGCACCACCACCUCCUUCAGCGACGUCACCCUCUACAUGGACGAAGGCUGCCUCCCCUCAUCACCGCUGUCUAGACCCACCUCCAGCUCCGACACCGAGUACUGGGGAGGAGGAGGAGCAGGGGGGAGGGAGGACAGCAGAGAGACGGAGGGAGGCAGCAGCACCUCCCGCAGGAGCAGCACCCCCUGCACUGAGUGUCGAGGAGAGUACAGAGGACGAGCAGCAGGAGGAGGAGGAGGAGGAGGAGGGGGACACCUCCCUGUUCUGACCAUAGAGCCGCCCAGUGACAGCUCCGUUGAUAUGAGUGACAGGUCUGAAAGAGGCUCCAUCGGACGUCUGGUUUACGAACAGGACACGCCAGGAGGCGAGCGAGCGGGAGGAGAGAGAGAACAGAGGGGAGGGGGUGAAGGAGAGAGUGGAGAGGAUGAGCGAGGAGGAGGAGGAGGAGGAGGAGGGAGCAGUGAAGCCGAGUCUCCGCAGGGAACCAUCAAACACAAACCCAACGGACGCUCGGUGGCCACGGCGCAGGGACAGACACGAAGCCCCGCCUCCGUGUCCAUAUCCAUGCCCUCCGCCCGGACCCUGCCCUCCCACCCGCUGCCUCACCCGCUGCACCCCCACCUCCCCACCGUCCUCCACCACCACCCGCAGUACAGCCAGCCGCACAUCCUGCACAUGCACCACGCCCACGGCUCCGCCCCCUACGUGCAGCACCACCUGGCCCAGCACCACUACCACCACCUGCACCACCAGCACCACCACCACCUCCCGCACACGUACCCGGAACCCCCUUCUUCCCCGCUGCCGUCCCCCGUUCUGCCGCUCGCACCCCCGUCGCCGCUGCCGCCGCCUUCUUCGCUGUCAUCCUCCUCGUCCUCCGCCAUUCCCAACAUGGACGCUCAGCAGCAGCAGCACCACGCCCACCUCCACCACCACCACCACGCCCACCUCCACCACCACCUGCUCUGCUCUGACGGAGACAACGAAAGCGUCAACUCCACCACCACCAACUCCAACGACGACACCACCGUCAACAACUGCAGCUCCGGCUCGUCGUCGCGCGACAGCCUUCGCGAGCCGAUGGGAGGGGCAGCGCCGGGGAAGCAGACGUACCAGAGGGAGAGCCGCCACAGCUGGGACUCGCCCGCCUUCAACAACGACGUGGUGCAGCGGCGCCAGUACCGCAUCGGACUCAACCUCUUCAACAAGAAGCCGGAGAAGGGGAUCCAGUACCUGAUCGACAGGGGGUUCGUGUCGGACACUCCGGUGGGCAUCGCCAGGUUCAUCCUGGAGAGGAAAGGCCUGAGCAGACAGAUGAUCGGAGAGUUUCUGGGCAGCCGGCAGCAGUUCAACAAAGACGUCCUGGACUGUGUUCUGGAUGAGAUGGAUUUCUCGGGGAUGGAUCUGGACGACGCUCUGCGGAAGUUUCAGGCUCAGAUUAAGGUUCAGGGUGAAGCUCAGCGUGUGGAGCGUCUGGUGGAGGCCUUCAGUCAGCGGUACUGCGUCUGCAAUCCGGUUCUGAUCCGACAGUUCCAGAACCCAGACACCAUCUUCAUCCUGGCCUUCGCCAUCAUCCUCCUCAACACAGACAUGUACAGCCCCAACGUCAAACCGGAAAGAAAGAUGAAGCUAGAGGACUUCAUCAAGAACCUCAGGGGUGUGGACAACGGACAGGACAUUCCCCGGGACCUGCUGGUGUCCAUAUAUGGCCGGAUCCAGAAGUGGGAGCUGAGGACCAACGAUGACCACGUGUCUCAGGUCCAGGCCGUGGAGAGGAUGGUGGUCGGGAAGAAGCCGGUGCUGUCGCUGCCUCAUCGCAGGCUGGUCUGCUGCUGUCAGCUGUUUGAGGUUCCGGAUCCGAACCGAGGCCAGAGGAGCGGCGUUCAUCAGCGAGAAGUCUUCCUGUUCAACGACCUGCUCAUGGUCACGAAGAUCUUCCAGAAGAAGAAGACUUCAGUGACGUACAGUUUCAGACAAUCGUUUCCAUUGGUGGACAUGCAGGUGCACACCUUCCAGAACACCUACUAUCCUCACGGUAUCAGACUGACAUCAGCCAAUCCUGGAGGAGAGAGGAAGGUUCUGAUCGUCUUCACGGCUCCAAGUCAACAGGACCGAGCCCGGUUCACCUCGGACCUCCGAGAGAGCAUCGCAGAGGUCCAAGACAUGGAGAAGUACCGAGUAGAAUCUGAACUGGAGAAGCAGAAAGGUGUGAUGCGUCCUGGCGUGUUGACGAGUGGCGGCCCAGGAGGCGGAACUCAUGGGGGUGGGGCCAACACCAGCGGCCCAGUGAAGAGUGAGGUGGUGAAUGGAACGGUGGGUAGACCGAGCCUGGAUGACACGUACGCCUCAGUGGACGGACUGAAGCGAACAGCGCUGAGUUCAUCCCUGAGAGACCUGUCCGACACAGGGAAGCGAGGUCGUAGGAACAGUGUGGGCUCAUUGGACAGUACUAUUGAAGGUUCCAUCAUUAGUAGCCCUCGGCCUCAUCAGCAGCGCCCUCUUCCUGUCGGAGGCCUGUCCUACAGCCCCAUGAUGGUCCCUUUGUCUCCUGCAGCUUACCGGCCGCACCGCCCUACUCAGAGCCCCGGUACAGGGGUGGGGGGUGGGCCGGGGCUCUGUCACAACCAGGGAGGGGCCGCCGCCUCCCAGCUCGCGAGCGGGGUCGGGGCUGGGGGCGUAGGCGGGAUGGCGGGUGGAGUCGGGGGUCCGGCUGGAGGCGGGGGCCUUCUAGGGAACUUCUUUGGCAGCCGACGAGGGAAAGUUCCUGGUCCCCUGACGAUGAUGUCACCGACGCCACAGGGUCCCCCGAGUCCCCUGAUGAUAUCGUCACCCCCCCACUACCCCGCUCCCGCACCUCCAAUCCCCCACCCCUCCUCCCCAUCCCCUUGCCCCUCCCCCGCGGCCAACAUCGGCCAGUCAGACUCGGGUGGCGGCGGUACGGCAGGGGUGCCAUCCAAGCUCCAGGCUUUGCACGCCCAGUACUGCCACGGCAACAGUGGAGGAGGAGGAGUUACUGGGCAGCAACAGCAGACGCCACCACCGCCACCCUACCACCACCAUCACCGCUACCAUAUGCAGAGUGCCGCCCCGCAGCACCAGGUGCUGUCGCACCGAGCGUCCGUUCCGCGGCGGCAAGGCCCAUCCGGCUGCGCUCCCUCUCUUACCCAUCAGAGGAUCCAACAAGGCCCCGUCCACCCCCGCUACAGCGCGGGGUGGGGGGGGGGCUCAGGCUUCAUCACACCUCCGCCGCUGUCCCCCCACUCCCCCGUUACCCCUACGACCCCACACGGACUCUACCACUCCCACCCGACGGCGGGCCGGCCGGGUGGCGCCAGCGUCACCAAGUUGCCGCUGACCGUCUCCCACUCGCAGCCCCACCCUCACGCUCACACACACUCUCACAAUCACGCCAUGCACAUACACUCCCCACUCAGCCCCUCCCCCUCCGCCUCCCCCUCCACCCACUUCAUCUUCUCCACACCUCCUCCACAGGCGCCCUCAGCGCGCCUCGUAAGCCAGACACCACCGCAGCCUUUCCAGUACCCGCCGCUUUCCUCCAUCCCACCUCCGCCUCCACACUCCCCUUUACCACCCCCAUCUACCGCCCCCCCACUCUCCCCACACCUGGGAGGAGGGUUGGGGGGGCCUCAAGGGGGUGGGUCCAAGUCAAAACCCGUCAGUCGGAUCAGUACAGUCGUGUGAGGAGGCAGAAGUCCAGUGAGGUGGCAGCGGUCCGACACCCUGCUGCGAGCCACCAUUGGGGGGCGGUAGUGAGAGGGAACCAGAUGAGGAGGGGGAGGAGGGGGAGGAGAAGUGGAAGAGGA